AUGCCCUCCCUGCCAGCUUCCUGCCUCCUGGCCCAGGCGGCCAUCGCCUGCAGCAAUGUCAAGAUGAAACGUGUCCCUGCCCUGUCCGACCCUGCCCUGACCACGCUUUACUUGGCAGAGAAUGAAAUUGCCAAGAUCCCAGCCCACACGUUCCUGGGACUACCCAACCUGGAGUGGCUCGACUUGAGCAAGAAUAAGCUGGAUGCCCUUGGCCUGCACCCCCACGCCUUCAAGAAUCUGACGCGGCUGAAGCGGCUGAACUUGGAUGGGAACUUGCUGUCCACGGUGCCAGCCUUGCCCACCUCCCUGCAGGAGCUCAAACUCAAUGACAACCUUCUUCAGGGCCUGGAGUACAGCAGCUUCCGGGGUCUCAGCCAGCUGCUGACACUGGAGGUAGAAGGGAACCGGCUACAUGACGGAAACAUCUCCCCCCUAGCCUUCCAGCCCCUGCGCAGCCUGCUGUACCUGAGGCUGGACCGGAACCAGCUUCGGACCAUCCCGCCUGGCCUGCCAGCCUCCCUGCAGGAGCUGCACUUGGGCACAAAUGUCAUCGAGGAGGUUAGAGAGGGCACACUGAACCACAGCCAUAGCCUCAGCGUGCUGGUUCUCAGCAACAACCGGCUCCAGGAGGACCGACUGGCACCCCGUGCUUGGAUCAAUCUUCCGAAGCUGGAGGCCCUCGACCUGUCCUACAACCAGCUGGUGCACGUGCCCUCCUUCCUGCCCCGGGGCCUUCGCCACCUGACACUGCACCACAACCGCAUUGAGCGCAUCCCCGGCUACGUGUUCGCGCACAUGAAGCCCGGCCUGGAGACCCUGCACCUGGCCCAUAACAGCCUGCGCGAGGACGGCAUCCACAGCGUGUCCUUCCUGGGCCUGCAGGCCUCCCUGGCUGAGCUGAUCCUAGACCACAACCAGCUGCAGGCCGUCCCAAGAGGUCUCCUGGGCCUCCGGGCGCUGCAGGUGCUGCGUCUGAGCCACAACAAGAUCAGACACGUGCCCCUGAAUUCCAUCUGUGACACACGUGUGGCCCAGGACUCCAACCUCAUCUCCACGCACCUGGAGAACAAUCUUAUUGACCGGCGCCGCAUCCCACCCACUGCCUUCUCCUGCAUCCGGGCCUACCAUAGCGUGGUCCUCGAGCCCCAGCAGGGGGAGAGGGAGUCUGCCUAG